AUGGUACGUUGGGCAGUGACCAGUUUGUUGGUGUUGACCGUGUUUCAGUUGGGUGAUGCUGGACGGCACGGUCCUAAACGGCAUGGACGUAAGGCUAAGACACCGACUGGUCAAGCGUUGGUGAAGAGAGUCAAUGAUGAGGGCAAGUGGAAGGUAAGGCGUCAUUUUUAAGGUUUAAAAAAGUCUUGUCGUAUUUUGACUUUGAAGUCUGUAGUUAAAAGCGACAUGAAUUUUAUAAAUUAGAGUAGAUUACGGAACGGUAUGGCAGGGUUGAGUAGAACAUAGUAAUGUUGCGUAGGCUGUGUAAGGUAGGGUAGUGUAGGGUAGAGUAGAGUAGGGUAGGGUAGGGUAGGGUAGGGUAGGGUAGGGUAGGGUAGGGUAGGGUAGGGUAGGGUAAGGUAGGGUAGGGUAGGGUAGGGUAGGGUAGGGUAGGGUAGGGUAGGGUAGGGUAGGGUAGGGUAGGGUAGGGUAGGGUAGGGUAGGGUAGGGUACGGUAAGGUACGGUAGGUACGGUAGGGUAAGGUAAAAUAAAAUUCUUUUUAAAAACUUACCUAUUACCUCUUACAGGCCGCCUACGCCCCCUUCUUCGCCAAAGCCAAGCCCGAAGCCAUCCGCCAGCUGAUGGGAGUACGUGAAGACGUGCCUCAAGUGCUAGCACGUGAUGCUGCCAGAUACCCAAAAGCCUUUGCACCACCAGCUGUUGACUACAACAUCACCGACCUGCCCAAGAACUUUGACUCUCGUACAGCUUGGCCCGAGUGUGCCGACGUGAUCAACUCGAUCCAAGAUCAAUCUCUAUGUGGAUCAUGUUGGGCCGUUAGCGCUUCUACCUCCUUGGCCGAUCGUAUUUGCAUUGCCAGUAAAGGCAAAGUAAAAGUGUCAUUGUCAUCGAUCGAUCUCGUAUCAUGUUGUACUGAAUGUGGAUAUACAUGUGUUGGUGGUUAUCCACACAGAGCUUUCAAGUACAUCUAUGACAAUGGUAUUGUGAGUGGUACUAACUACACCAACCCAGAUGGAUGUAAACCAUACCCAUUCAAGCCUUGUGAACAUACUGGUGGAGCUUUUCGAUCAAAGUAUGCUCAAUGUUAUGGUAGACAACCUUCACCACCAAAGUGCGAGCAAAAGUGUAGUAACUCGAAGUAUGCUCGGAGCUUUGAAAAUGACAAGUUUUAUGGUAAGUUUAAUGUUCAAAGAAAAACGUUAAGUUAAGGUAAGAUUUGGCAUAGUAGAGAACAGUACGGUAGGAUUACGGUAGGUAGCGUAGGAUACUGUAGAUUAAAAAAUGUAAUAACACAGUACAAAUAUUUCUUAGGUAUUGUAAGGCCAAAGACAGAGAAAACUUAAUUUGCCGUAUCUUACUGUAGCUUUACUACAAUUGUACCGUAUCUUCUUCUACUAUAUCCUACUUAACCACACCACUACUCUAUCGUACUUUGAUUUACUUUUUAUGGCGUUUUAGUACUGUACUGUACUGUACUGCUUGCUAACAGUACAGUAGUACGGCUUAAUUUUCAAAAUUUAAAAUUAAAUUAUUCUUUUAGUCUCCACUUGGUACAACCUCAACCGUGACCCAGUAGCCCUCCAAAAGGAAAUCAUGACCAACGGACCAGCCGUCUUCACCGCCAUGCGCAUGUACGAAGACUUCCUCUACUACCGUAGCGGUGUAUACGAACACAUUGCUGGUCGUUACUUUGGUCUUCACGCUGUCAGAGUAAUUGGCUGGGGCGAGGAAAACGACGUACCAUACUGGAUUGUGGCUAACAGCUGGAACAAGUAUUGGGGUGAUAACGGCUUCUUCAAGGUUCGAAGAGGUAACAAUGAAGUUGGCAUGGAAAGUGUUAUCGAUGUGGCUAUUCCUGAUCUACAAAGAUCCGCCAAGCAGGAGAUUAAGUUCCAAGAGUCUAAACAUUAA